UAGUGCGCAGAAAUUCCAGCAUAACCUCAAUAAUUAAAAAAUAAUAAAAGAAAUAGACGAGAGGUAAAAAAUAAUUAAAAAAUAAACUAAUGAGUUAAUUAUUAAAACAAAGUUUGUCAUUUUCUAUUUUCAGAUAAAAAACAAAAUUAAUUGGAUAAUUUAAUUAAUUAUAUUAUUGAUAAAAAUGUUGAGAACAAGUGGAACAAUAAAUAAAAUGAUGAAUAAUUUAAUAAUGACAGAGUGGGUUGGAAUAAAUGCAGUAAAUACACAAAUAGUAAGAUGGUGGAAAAGAAAACCUAUGUGGUUACCUCCGGCUAAAUCAAAAUUAUUUAGAAUACGGCAAAGGGUCUCCGUACCCCCGGAUGAGGCUGCUGAAAAUCGAAGACUCAAUAAUAAUUAUAAUACUUAUAGAAAUUCAUUGAGAGCAUAUUUCAUGAAAAUAGCUGAAGAAAAUCGAGAACAAUUCGAUGAAGAAUUAUUGAGAAAAGCCGAAGAAAAUGAUUUCAAUGAGUGUCAAAAAAUAAAUAAUAUUUGGAACGAAGAACGUGCGAAAGUACGAGCUGAGAGAAUUCGUAAAGAAGACGCUGAACGUCGGAUUCAAAUUUUGCAGAAGAUUGAGGAAAAGAAAGCGCGAGAUGUCAAAAUAAUGGAACAAGUCGAGGAGCGAGUUAAACAACUCAAAGUCGAGGCCAAGACUUUUAUUACUCGGGAAAAUAUCGAUCAAGCUAUUGAGGAAGCGAUGGCGAAUAAAAUUGAUUAUAAUCACGCGAUUGAUCUGUAUGGUAACAAGUAUGAUGAGAAAACAAUUUUGGAUCAUCAGCUAAAACAACAAAUGAAGCAGUGAUCGUUUUUAUAUGUAAACUUAUAUAUUAAUUAUUAAUAAAUAUAUUUCACACAUCGA